UCAUGCAUGGCCGAGCGAGCGCUGCUCUGACAUGGGUUGAUUUCUUCAUGCUGAACUACACGACUUUCCAUCGCUCCUGCUUAUAUUUGCCUCGUUUCAAGCGACACUUAGAAGUAUUUGUGUCCAUGCUAAGGAUUUUAUGAACUCGUUUUUUGCCACGGCACAUUUGAACGACCCCGGUUCAAGGAAAGAGCUGCUCCUAGUUCUUCAGCGGUUCUUCAGCCGUGACAAUACAGCGACAGCGCCGACGACACGGACACAGCCGCGCGAGUAAAGGGAGAUUUGGCACUGCCUGUAGCCGGCUGGUUCUGUGGAGUUAAUUAUUAUUCAAAUGUUCUAGAAACAUUUCAGAGCAUAUUUAUGCAUGGACCACGCUGUUAUUAACUUGAAAAUCAACAAUUCAACGCUGCAUAGGCCUAUAGUUACAGAAACUAUUGGUGCCCAAAGAAGAGUUGAUCCGAGAGAAUAAUUAUUCAUUUGUGUAGGCUGUGGUAGACCGACGACAGCAGAAAACUAUUAUAAAGCUAAAAAUUCAUGUUUAUCAUAUCUGUGACAUCCCACAUCUUCUGCGGUCGAAGAGGAUGCUCUUGUUGCUAUGAAUACACGACAAAACAAUGACUGAAAUAGUGUCUUUUAAACGGAUCCUCAACUAAUUAAUAAUCAAGACAUUUACCCACCAAUUGCAAUAAUUUUUAUUCCACAAACUGGCAUUGCUUUUUUUUACUGAAUGAAAAAACAACUUUUUUACAAAUGUCAAUUCAAGCCUCAGCACAAUAACUGCCUCGUGAAAUAAUCCAAUCAAUGCGUUAUACUCGAGCAGUCAACUAAGACAUAAGGCAAUUAUAAUUUAAAAGCCUUCAGAUGUGAAUCUAAUUUCACUCUGUUCAUUUGAAGAAUUCUACCGCGCCAGACGCUGCAUCGAGAGGGACCUUGACGUGUCCAAGUUCGGGAGCCAUGCCGCAGAUGGAAAUGAUCCUAUGCGUUUCGCUGGUGUUAUGGACGUGUGUCUACGGCCAAGAGCCGGCCUCCAAGGUGGUGUCCGACCGCUAUGCGGUCUACUGGAACCGGACCAACCCCAGGUUCUACCGGGGUGACUACCACAUCGACGUGUGUAUAAACGACUACCUGGACGUCUUCUGUCCCCACUACCUGGACUCUGUCCCAGAGGAGCGGACAGAGCACUACGUCCUCUACAUGGUCAACUACGACGGCUACAGCUCCUGUGACCACACGGCCAAGGGCUUCAAACGCUGGGAGUGUAACAGGCCCCACUCCCCAAACGGACCCCUGAAGUUCUCCGAGAAGUUCCAGCUCUUUACCCCCUUCUCUCUGGGCUUCGAGUUCCGCCCCGGCAGAGAGUACUACUACAUCUCUUCCACCAUUGCUGACAAUGGAAGAAGAAGUUGCCUACGACUGAAGGUGUUCGUCAGACCAGCAAGUAAAUACAAUUGUGUGAAAACUGUCAGUGUUCACGAUCGGGUCUUUGACGUCAAUGAGAGAGUGGACAAUUCCCUAGAACCAAGAGAUGACACCAGCCACGAGUCAGCUGAGCCAUCCCGAGGUGACGUCAACUCCGUGGGCCGGGUUCAGACCGCCGGCCUGCUGGUGACCUCCUCCCUGCUUCUCCUGGCGGCCAUCUUGUCUUCAUAGCGCCCAGCCUGAGGGUUUUAGACAGAGCGGAGUGGACCGCCCUGACUGGACCACAGGCCCCCCACAACCCCCAAGGAGCACUUUUUAACAGACAGUCUCUCUCAGUGCAAGGGAGAGGAGAGACUUAUAAGUGGAAGUCCUUUUUAUAAACGUUGCUUUGGGGAUUUAAGAUGCCAAAAGCCUUUUUUGUCAUUUUACUUUCCUGUGAAUUUUGAUAUUUGAAGGCCAUGGUAUGCCGUUGAAUUUGCUCUCCACAUACCCUCUCACACACUAACACACACACAUUCUCUCUCUCUCUCUCUCUCUCUCUCUCUCUCUCUCUCUGUCUCUCUCUCUCUCUCUCUCUCUCUCUCUCUCUCUCUCUCUCUCUCUCUCGCCCUCCUCUAUAGCCACACCAAACAUUUUGCAAGAUUAAACUACGGAACAAAAACAUUUUCCAAACCCCCAAAUGACUUUGAUUGAGAAUAUGAUGAAGUCGUGUGGCAAAUGACAAUUGAUCAUUUGAAGAAGGCUUGUGACUGAUCAGAUCAGCCAAUGGCAAUGAGGCCAUGGCAUACUGGCCAAUCAAAUGAGGCCAAGGUAUACUGGCCAAUAAAAUGAGGACAAGGCAUGCUGGCCAAUCAACGGUGAAACAAGGAUCCAAAGCCAUGGUUGUAGCUUGGAGAAAUCCUGUUGCCAAGCGGAGGGUUGUCUGCUGUUUUCUUUCCUUUGAAGAGUCCAUUAGAAGUUCCUCUCAGGUGAUGGGGGUUGGAUUCAAUGACUCAGAGACUGGGAGAGGAUGUUUGAGAUUAACCGGAGAAAAUAAGCCCCCAUGUUUAGUACUUUCUGUCCUUUUAGGGGAAUUAGUGAUUGAUUAAUGUAUUUUUGAAAUAAAUCACAUAAUUCAAGUUUAGCAGCCAACACGGGUGUAUAUUUGCGAGGAGCGUGGGAGCUGAUAUGGUAUUUUGUCAGGCAAAUGUAUUUUCCUAUUUAUUCUUGAGUCCUCGUGCUCUGUCCCUUUUUUGAUGACUGUCCUGGUUCUGUCACUGUAACUACAGCAGAGAGAAGCCCACAACAUCCCACCAGGAAAAAGCAUCAGUCUCUCUUUUGUUUAAGACAGGUAUGCUUAUAUUUCAUUACUCGUACACAUUAAGUAUCUGGGCUUGGACUCAAAAUGUAAUUGAAAUGGAUUGUUUUUAUCCAGCUGAGUUCAGGGAAGAGGACAGAGAGUCGCUUGUUGUAUCAGGGUGUAGGAAUGUGAGUUAUAUCUGUGAUCUUCUCUCUAACAGUAAACACAAACUAUAUGCGUACUAACAAGUCAGCCCAUAUUACAAUCCACUACUUCAUUUGGAAACAUUGUCAUAACCUUUACCAAACUACAUUUACGUUUAUAAACACAAGGUACAGGGAUGACACCAUUCUGUAGCUAACACCAUUAGUUUCAAUUAUGUUUUUAGUAGUAUUCUUGGGUUCUUCCAGGCAAACAGCACACACUUGCAUUGAUAUUGAUAUUGCUAGGUUAGCGACUAUGCAGUGAUGAUCCACCCACAUGUCCCCGCAGUUCUCCUAACUUUGCAGGAAGGUUGUGGUAACGUUGUGGACAUAAGGUUCCUCUAUAGCAGCUGCAGCUCUGGUAUGAUUUAGCCGUGUCUUUGAUGUCGUGUGGAGCAGCGUCCUUGCAGACCACAUGCUGGGUGGCCAUGCGUUGGUUAUUUCUGGAAUGGAAAAAGAAAAGACCACCAGGAGAGAGAGGGAGAGAGGUGUCCUGUUCAGUCUCUGGACACUAGCAGGGGCGAGAGAGGUGUCCUGUUCAGUCUCUGGACACUAGCAGGGGCGAGAGAGGUGUCCUGUUCAGUCUCUGGAUAGGUUCACUAGCAGGGGCGAGAGAGGUGUCCUGUUCAGUCUCUGGAUAGUUUCACUAGCAGGGGCGAGAGAGGUGUCCUGUUCAGUCUCCGGAUAGGUUCACUAGCAGGGGCGAGAGAGGUGACCUGUUCAGCCUCUGGAUAGGUUCACUAGCAGGGGCGAGAGAGGUGUCCUGUUCAGUCUCUGGAUAGGUUCACUAGCAGGGGCGAGAGAGGUGUCCUGUUCAGUCUCUGGAUAGGUUCACUAGCAGGGGCGAGAGAGGUGUCCUGUUCAGUCUCUGGAUAGGUUCACUAGCAGGGGCGAGAGAGGUGUCCUGUUCAGUCUCUGGAUAGGUUCACUAGCAGGGGCGAGAGAGGUGACCUGUUCAGUCUCUGGAUAGGUUCACUAGCAGGGGCGAGAGAGGUGACCUGUUUAGCCCAGUGGACCGGAGGGAGUGAUGAGGUGAGAGAGAGGCCCCAGCUGAGAUCAAUAGAAAUCGGCUUUUCAAACCCAGGAACACUCGGUAAAUAUUUCCCCCAGUCCCUUCACUUACUUAUACACAGUCUUAUUUAGUGUGCUGACACUCACUCACCUCCUUUGUAAAGGGUUGAAUGGACUAUCAGUGAGAAAUACAUUUAGCCUCUGCGUCUGUAGGCUGUCAUUGUGGGAUUCAGUUUGACCAAAUCUGUAGAUAGGAAAAGUAAAAAUUCAUUGUCACCGACAUUCACUUCGGGCAACAUUGGGAAAUACGGAUCACCUUGUCUUAUGGGUACUGUGUAUCCAGCAGUAGUCUAAUAGAACGUACAGUGUUAGAGCAGUGAUUCUCACACUUCUUUGAAGGGCAACCAGAUUUAAGGGAGACAUUGUUAAUGUUGUUAGUAAGAAAAAUGUAAAUGUUUGAUAUAAAAAAAACGGUUGAUUUCAUUUCUAAAUGUCUUUUUGUAUGAGAAACAUGAUCAAUGUUACAGUCUAUAUCUGUCAAUUCUGAAUCCACCGUGCAGUUAGCAUUAUGUGUAAGCGUCUCAAAUAUCAGCUCUGUGUGUGUGUGUGUGUGUGUGUGUGUGUGUGUGUGUGUGUGUGUGUGUGUGUGUGUGUGUGUGUGUGUGUGUGUGUGUGUGUGUGUGUGUUAAGGUCUCUGCUAUUGGAAGUGCACUAUAUCCAUCCAUGCCCAUUCCAAGAACCAGACCACGCUCCUAUCGCUCUCCCCUUUUGACCAGACCUUUACUUAGUCGUAUUUUCAUCUGGAAUGUGGUUUAGGUGCCUGAUGUUUUGAGUUCUUGUACCUGCUUAGUUUGUCUGUGGUCUCUCCAAUGGUUUCAGAUGAAGCUUCAGUAGUCAGUUAGCACCAUGUUGUUGUACCUGAAUUCAGGAGAUGGAAUGUCCAUUUUUGUUGUAAAGCUUGUUGAGUGCUGGUUUUCUGUGCAUAUCACAAUGUCCUAAAUCAGUUAACUGUAAUUUUCUAUUAAACCAUUGAUGUAGAGUAUUAGAUGCAGUUUUGUUACAGGGUGAACAGUGAGUCUGAUUGGAGGAGCUCUUCACCUGAAUUUGGUACCUGUUACUGUAGCCAUUUAGCCUGAACCUAAUGUCACUGUGCCCUCCUAUGUACCCUGUCCUACUGUAUGUAUCUGUCCCCUGGCCUCUGUCCCUGUCUUCUGUCCAUGUCCCCUGGCCUCUGUCCAUGUCCACUGUCCCCUGGCCUCUGUCCCUGUCCUCUUGUCCCAGACCUAUUGUCCUCACCUCCCCAGACUGUUGUAACUCCUCCCUCUCUUCCUGGUCUAACUCGCUUCACCAGAUUUUUCUGCAUAUGUAUUUCAUACGAAGGCCAUUAUUUGUAAAUACACGUGUUGGAGCAGCUAUGACUAACUACAACAAAAAAAAUGAUUUAAUAAAAGUUGUUUGUCAUUGUCUCUCAAA